AUGGUCAUACCCGAGACUCGGAUGUCACUGGACAAGGCAACAUUAGACUCUUCAUCACUGCGACAAUUCACUAGGGCAUUGACAUGUCUGUCGAGAUAUGGAGAGGAUCUCAUUAUAUACGCUACACCAGAUUUGCUUUCUCUAUCUACUACAAAUUCAUCCAAGUCCGCGUACUGUCGGUUUCAGUAUAAGAGACAGUUCUUCAGCAGACUCAAAGUUGGGAAUCCAGCAGUCGAAGCGUCGACUGGCGAGGAUGCUGAGGAGACUCCCUCAGUGAUGGGGCAAUUACUCACGAAGACACUUCUGCCUAUUUUGAAACAUAGGGCCGUGGAGAAAUCCGUAGAAAAAUGCGAGAUGUACAUUAGUACGGGAGAUCAGAGGCUACAGGACGUCGCAAAUGACGACGACGUGGACUCGCUGGAGAGCAAGCUGACUGUGCGUCUCCAUUGUAAACACGGUGUUAUAAAGACUCAUCGUCUCUCACUGCUCAUCCCAACUUCGCUGCUCGCACCAAGUGUACCUGAAACCUUCAUUCAAUCCCGCCUGAGGAUUGGACCUCAAGCCCUGCGGGACAUUGUCGAACAUUUUCCGUCUUCUCGUGGCAGCAAGAGUGAUCCACAACUCGUUUGGAGGUUUAAUCAUCGUGACGUCCAGGUGAAGAGUCUGGAAAACUCUAUAGAUGGAAAGGGCAAAGUUCAAUUAUCGACUGAGUUGACGAUUAGCAAAGAUGAAUUUGACAACUACGACAUCUGCGACCUACCAACUACUAUUGCAUUCCACCUCCGAGAGUUCAACGCAACGAUUGCGUAUGCUGAGGCAUCUUCGCUUACUCUUGAUAUCAGCUUUACGGAUCCGUCUGCACCACUAUUCAUUAUGCUUGAUAGUGAUUCGCUGGAAACGCUUUUCGUCAUAUCCACAAGUCUGCACGUUGCUAGGGACGAAACGUCAAGUGCGAAGAGCAAUGAACAUUCUUCUCGCUCGAAGACUACUCUUCACGCUCAUGCGAAAGGCAAAAAGCGGACACGUGAGGAAGAGACUGCGUCCACCCCCAAUGAGGAUACUUCAAGCGCGGGUAUGGACUCCCGGGAUGUUGAGAGAUUGCGACCAGCUCUUCAAUCCAGGAAGCCCGCACGAAUUGUAGUGACGACCGACCAGUCUUCGAAUGAAGGAGAGUCGCACAGCGAAAUGCCCAUGUCACUUCCCCGAUCCUCGCGCGGGACGAUGCCUCCGCCGUCACUACCACCCCCGCUUGCAAUGUCGGCCCCUCGAGAAGCAUUUGUAAGCCUAUCCGAAGCGCUUUUCCCACCUCCGUCACAUCCGCGCAAGACCGAACCUCUAUUUUUGCCCAGCUCACAGCCGUCAGAGGAGAAUGUGAGUAUCCAUGAACGUCGCGUCCUGCGGGAACCCCUGUUUCUCCCAGGAACGCAACUGUCACAAGCAGAUGAACAGGCGAUCCGAGAGUCAGGGCUAGGCAUCGAGCACAUGACAGCGGAGGAACUUACGGCCAUGCUUGAAGGAGAUGCUGAGGAUGUCAACUUUGGUGUGGCGAAUGGCGAGCGCGACCAGGACAGGUGUGAAAGGGAGACUAGCCUGGAUAUUUACGAUGAAAUGGAGAUGGGUCCGACACAGCGUAGUGGAGGGCCGAAGGCGUUCAGGCCACUUUUCGAAGAUUAA